CGCCGGCUCGACGACCGCAUGUCCCUCUGGCUGCGGGAGGCUGCCCGCGCCAAGGAAGGUCGCCGCUAGUGCCGAGAAGCUGGGACGGGAUGCAGCUCUCGCUGCUGCUGCUCUUCUCGACCUGCUGGUGGACGUUGGGGCCGGUAAAAAGUAUUCACCCAGAAUGCAGAAUGCAACAGGAAAUCUAUCAAGAAGAAAAAAAGUGUAUGGAACUUUUAAAGAAUGCCAAUACAGUGAGUUUAACAGGAUGUGUUGGGGUCUGGGAUAACAUUACCUGCUGGCGUUCUGCAGAAAUUGGAGAAACUGUAACAGUCCCUUGUCCGAAAAUCUUCAGCAAAUUUUUCAACAAACAAGGAAAUAUCAGCAAAAACUGUACAAGUACAGGAUGGUCAGAGAUAUUUCCACAUUUUUUCGUUGCUUGUGGAUUCGAAGAUAUUGAAGACAACCCGGUUUUCUAUGUUUGGGUGAAAGCAAUUUAUACCCUCGGACACAGUGUUUCUCUCAUUGCUCUGAUCACAGGAAGCAUCAUUCUUUGCGUUUUCAGGAAACUUCACUGCACUCGGAACUACAUACAUUUGAAUCUGUUCCUGUCUUUCAUUUUAAAGGCAAUCGCUGUCUUAGUUAAAGAUGGAAUCCUCUAUUCCGACACUAGCCCAGCUAAGUGUUCAGAUCAUGCUUCUUGGGUCGGCUGCAAGGCUAGCUUGGUAUUUUUCCAGUACUGUGUAAUGGCCAACUUUUAUUGGCUCUUAGUUGAAGGACUUUAUCUCCACAUCCUCCUUAUGAUCAUGUUCUCUUCUAACAGACACUUCUCCGCAUAUCUCCUUACUGGAUGGG